ACCCUGGUUCAUUUGCAUAAAGUUACGUAACGCCCCCAGAGAGCAAAACAAAUAUGGCCACCGGGAAUUACAAGGGGCGUGAGGAUUAUGUGGAUAGCCACUUUCAUAUUUGGGACUUGCAGAAGUUUAAAUAUCCAUGGCCAACUUUGGAGGAAGGUCCUAUAUUUCGGAGAGUUACGGCAGGGGAAUACGUGAACAAUCUGAAGGAUACUCCGGUCAAAUAUGGAGUGUUUGUACAGUGUCUAAAUGGAAAUCCAGACGAAGCAAAAUGGGUUAUGGAGCAGGCGACGUCACAUCCGGAAAUUAAAGGCGUUGUUGCUGGUGUUGAUCUAACGGACCCAAAUGUACGUGAAACCCUAACAGACCUAUGUAAGAACCCGGUUUUUAAGGGUGUGCGACACAUACUUGAUAUGGAAGACCCCACAUGGAUCACACGUGAUGACGUACAUAAGGGUCUGGCUGUCUUAGACGAACUCGGUCUGACAUUUGACCUGCUUCUGAGGCCGCAUCUCCUUACAUACAUACCGCGGGUUGUGGCUAAAUUCCCAAGACUUAAGAUGGUGGUUGAUCAUAUUGCCAAACCGUACAUCAAAGACCAGAACAUAGACCAAUGGAAAUUGGACAUGGCCGCAAUAGCCAAGCAAAGUGAAAAUAUAUACUGCAAAAUAUCCGGCCUUGUAACAGAGGCUGACUGGAAUCUGUGGCAACCUGAUGAUUUCGUACCGUACGUUAAGCACAUCUUGUCGUGUUUUGGUGUGGACAGAGUGAUGUUUGGAUCAGAUUGGCCAGUCUGUACUCUGGCUUCGGCCUCAUUUAACGAUGUGUACGAGUUGUUUGACAAGCUAAUCGUCACGUUAUCAGACCAGGAUAGGACGAAGGUGUUACGUAACAACGCUAAGGAAUUCUACUCUCUCGACAUAUAGUACACGGCUGUGGUCUGUUUAUCUGUUCAUGUUGGUGCUGUUAUCUGUGAUAUAAUAGUUUAUUAACAGUUACUCAACAUUGCCAAUCUUAUCAGGGCAGAUUGUGAUGCUGACUGUCUACUACACCCUGAAAGGUCAAGAACCCAUUGUAUGACCAUGUGCAGGUUCGGGACAAAAAUCGGCCUGCUUUAUUCCAAGUGAUCGUGAAGCGCGUCGAUUCGGGGUUAUCUUCCAUAUAUCAUAUUAAAGAAUAAAUACAAAUAACUGUUUGCUCCCCUCAUUGCAACACUUUGGACCUGUAUUAUUUUCGUUCCUACUGCUUCCGUCUUAAUACGACCUUUGCUAUUGAGAUGUUGAACCAAAUAAACCAAAAAAGCUUC